AACCGCACUGUUUUGGCAGCUCCUACCCAGUCGGACCUUGGCACGACAAGGCGAGAAGUGCCAUGGCGGCAAGCUGAACAAAGCUAGAAUUACGGUGCUCCUCACCACGAAUAUGGACGGGAGCUCCAAGCUUACGCCACUGAUCAUCGGCAAGAGCAAGGCCCCUAUGUGCCUACGGGGGUGUCGGUCUCUUCCAGUGAAAUACACUUCAAAUGGAAAGGCCUGGAUGACAAGGGUGUUGUUCGAGGACUGGCUGCGCGACUGGGAUGAGAAGUUGUCCGAGAGUGGCCGCAAGAUUUUCCUCUUGCUCGACAAUUGCUCCGCGCAUCACUGUGGUGCCACGCUAAAAAACAUUCAGCUUCGUUUCCUGCCCCCUAAUGCGACAUCGGUGCUGCAGCCGCUAGAUCAAGGCAUCAUCCGUGCCUUCAAGCAAGGUUACAGGAAGCGUGUAGUGGAGCAGCUGCUCACCAAGCUGCGUGUGGGAAAAGAACUGAAGAUUGAUUUGUUGGGUGCUAUUGAAAUGCUUAGCCGUGCUUGGAGCGACAUCGCGCCUAACACAAUUAAGAAUUGUUUUCGCCACGCGGGACUGUACCUGGAUAACGACAGAGCAAGUACUGAAGAGGCAAUCGAGGUUACGGAUGACGACUUAAACGAGAUGUGGAGAGACCUCGGCCGUCUUCCCGACGCGGUCCCGGAUGGCGUGGAGCUGGAAGAUUUUCUCGGAGUGGAUGAUGAUGUCGCAGUGACCAGCAGUCCUUCAGACAACGAAAUUGUCGCCGAGGUCGUGGCGGCUUCAGCAAACGACGACGACGACGAGGAGGCAGAGGACCCAGAGGCACCUUGCCCGACGCUUCACGAGGCGCUUGCAGCGACGGAAGUGCUCCGUCGCUAUGUACUGUUCCCAGCUUCAGGGAAGUGGACUAAGUCUGGUAAACCAGCUAUCUCGCGUCGAGGACGAAAUUUUGAAGGACGCAGUAAAAGCGAAGACGCAGGCAAAAAUUACCAGCUUCUGUCGGUAAUAUCAAAAGAACAGUAUCAGAUGUCGUCGUCAAAAUGCUCUGAAGUCAUCAAAGUGGGCCAGAGGCUGGAAGUUGCAGGUGAAUCUGACACUGUUGAGCCCGAGGUUCAAAUUCGACUGGAUGAGACUCUCGACAGCCGCUUGAAAUCAAAGGAGUUGAGAGUGUGCGAUGCAUGGCAGGAUCUGAACAUGAUUGUGUCGUACUCUCAAGAAUUUCGAGAACGCGAGUAUCAGUGA